AUGUCUGCUAGUCAAACUUAUCGUUCCACACGCUCCAAGGUUGACCAAGCCGUUUCUUUCGAGGAUGCCGUCAUGACGGGUCUUGCCAAGGACGGUGGUCUCUUUGUGCCUUCUCAGAUCCCAAAGCUGCCAUCUGAUUUCCUUGAAAAAUGGUCAGACUUGUCAUUUGAAGAGCUUGCCUUCAACAUUUUGAGAAACUUCAUUGCCGCUUCUGAGAUUCCAGAUGCUGAUUUGAAGCUUUUGGUUGAGAAAUCAUACUCUACAUUCAGAACCAAAGAUGUUACUCCAUUGGUGAAACUUGACUCCCACGACAACUUAUACUUGUUGGAGUUGUUCCAUGGUCCAACAUACGCCUUCAAGGAUGUUGCUCUCCAGUUUGUUGGAAACCUGUUCGAGUACUUCUUGACCAGGAAAAAUGCUGCUAAGAAGGAAGGUGAACAAAGGGACAUCAUCACCGUUGUCGGUGCUACUUCUGGUGAUACCGGCAGUGCUGCCAUCUACGGCCUGAGGAAUAAGAAAGACGUUUCUGUGUUCAUCUUGUACCCAACUGGAAGAAUCUCGCCAAUCCAGGAGCUUCAAAUGACUACAGUGCUGGAUGAUAAUAUUCACACUCUCUCUUUGAAAGGUACCUUUGACGACUGUCAGGAUUUGGUGAAGCAAGUUUUCAAUGAUUCCAAGUUCAAUGAUAAGUACCACGUCGGUGCUAUCAACUCCAUCAACUGGGCCAGAAUUCUGGCUCAGAUCACAUACUACUUCCACGCAUACUUCCAACUGGUCAAGCAAUUGCCUGAAGCCGAGAAGAAAAACCUGAAGGUGAAAUACGUGGUUCCAAGUGGAAACUUUGGUGAUAUUCUUGCUGGUUUCUUUGCAACUCAACUAGGCCUUCCAGUUGAGGAACUGGUCAUUGCCACCAACGAGAAUGAUAUUCUGGACAGAUUCUUGAAUACCGGCAAGUACGACAAGGCUUCCACCGUGAAGGCCACCUUCUCGCCCGCCAUGGACAUUUGUGUCUCCUCCAACUUUGAGAGAUUAUUGUGGUACGCCAUCAAAGCCACUACUGCAGGUGGUGAUGACAACAAGGCUGGUGAGAUCUUGGCCCAGUUCAUGUCGGAUCUUUCUUCCAAGGGAAUUUUCGAAGUUGCUCCCGAAACUCUUGCCAAAAUCAAGUCUGAUUUUGAUUCUAGAAUGAUCACCAACGAACUCACAGGUGCUACCAUCAAGGACACGUAUGCUUCCACCUCAAACCACUACAUACUAGACCCCCACACUGCUGUUGGAAUUGCAACUGCGCAGAAGAAGAUGGCUGUCGACCCUGAAGCGAAGUCUACAAAGUACAUUGCUUUGUCUACCGCUCAUCCAGCCAAGUUUUCAGAGGUUGUGAACGAAUCCCUGGGUGGUUUCGAAGGUUACAGCUUUGAGGACCAGGUGCUUCCAGAAGAGUUCAAGCAAUUGAGCAAUAUCCCCAAGAAAAUCAAGCUCGUUGAGUCUACCGAUUUGGCAACCAUUGAGGCUAUCAUUGUGGAGGAGCUGUCGAAGGAAAAGAAGGUGUAA